AUGUAUCCCCAGCAAGUUCCCACCGUCAUUGUCCCCGCUCAAGGAGAGCCUAUUCACACGAAACGCCUCCUUCUUCGUCCACUCCAGACAGCUGAUGCAUCUGGCAUCUUUGCCAUUCGAAGCCUGCAGGAAGUGGCAAAUACUCUCUGGCCCAAGUCUCCGGACCCCGAUGUUGCAACUACCGAACGGUGGAUGAGUGAGAAGACAUUUAGGACUCCCGAUGCAUCUGGGGAGCUGGGCCGGACGUUCUACUUCGUUAUGAUUCGGGCUGAUGAUCCCAGUGAGCGAAUUGUUGGGACGGUCGGAAUCAACUCCCUCGAUCCCUCCCCGUCGGUCGGGUACACAGUGCAUCCGGAAUUCUGGGGGCAAGGCUACGCGACAGAGGCAUUAGGAGGGGUUAUGAAUGCAUGGUGGAAGUUGCCCAGACGGUCGGCCAAUAAGGAGCUAGAGAAAAUGUCAAGAGACUCAGAGGAAGAUGAACCUGUGGAGAAACUCUAUGCAGCUUGCAACAAGGCGAAUGUAGGGAGUGUCAAGGUUCUCCUAAAGAACGGGUUUAAGAUCUACACCGAGGUUCCCAUGGAAGGUGAUAUUGUUGCGUUCAUGGAAGUGGAAAGACCAAGCCCGUUUGUCUCCAAUGAUGAAACCGCAUGA